CUCUAGCCACUAUAGCCAGGUCUGCCUAUUCGUCAGUUUGUUCGUCAGUUUGUUCAUGGAUCACCGUGCAAUUUUCAACACGUCAUUCGCUAUACGUCAUAGGUAUAGCCAUGCCUCGGACUGCAACUAGCACUACAGCGAAACACGAUGUUGUUUGCACCGGCAAGACGUACGUUCCUUCAGUUUCGCGGCCGAUUUUGGAGACCCGGCUUGAUGACGGCGGGAGCAAAUGCGACAGAAGACUUGAUAAAAAGUUUACUGACGUGAACGCAGAUACUGAGCCACCGGCAGCAGCGCUCAAAGUUGUCCCAAACGCUAGAAAAUGUGAUGACAGUGCUCGAAAGCACCAAGAUUUCAGCUGUUCACGGAUUCAGGUCAGAAGAGACAGUGACGAUGGUGGCUGCCGUGGUUUGUCUCUCCCUGACAGGGCCAAGCUGUUUGCCGAUAUCGACGAAGCGAAGAAUGGGCAAUGGGCCUCCCUUCCACGAAUCAAGAAAAACUUCUGCACUGAACAUUACCAUGAUACAAGCAUGUCUGCGGAUAUGGUAGAAGUUUUCAGACUUGCCAACAACAUAACUGUGAAUCACUGCAUGGCGUCGCGAAAGCCCUCAACCCCAGAUGUAGCAACGAAUCCCACAACAACAUUUGAGCAGGCGUUUGCCAAUUACCCGAUAAUCCUUAAAGAAAUUGACAAAAAUCAUUUGGAGAAGCCAUCGAGAAUUCAGUGCCAGGCCUGGCCCAUUCUACUGCAAGGCCAAGACCUCAUCGGUAUCACACAAAGAGGUGAAACAGGAACGAUCCUGGCGUUCCUCUUACCAGCCAUGGUACACAUUGACGGUCAGAUUCUUCCAAGGGAGGCGAGGAAAGGUCCUUCAUGCUUAAUCAUGGCUCCUACGCUUGAGAUCUCGCAGAAUAUUGAGCGAGAAUUCAAGAAAUACAACUACCGAGGCUUUAAGUGUGUGUGCGUUAGCGGAGGGGGAAAUCGACGAGAACUGACGGCAGCGAAGUCAAGCGUGGAGAUUGUCAUCGCAACACCUGAUCGCCUACACAAUAUGGCCUCAAGAAAGAUAAUCGACUUUACUUACGUCACGUUUGUCAUACUCCACAAAGCAGAUCGCAUGUUAGACACGGACUUUAAUUUUAACAUCCAGGAGCUUAUGCUCAAAAUACGACCGGACCGGCAGGUAGUCGUAACAGGUACCACCUUGUCAGAAGGCGUGCGUCGCUUCGCCCAGCAGCACAUGGCCAACCCCUUCGAGGUGGUAGUCGGCCCCCUACAAUUUGCCCCUGUGCACAGUGUGAUCCAUAAAGUCGUCUUGUGUGACGAGAGUGAAAAGCCGGAGCAUCUUACAGAUUUUCUUCAAUACUGCCUUCAUCCAGGCGACAAGACAGUCGUUUUCUUGCGUAAAAGGGACAGGGUAGAACGCCUGACGGUGGAAUUGGUUCUGGGUGGCAUUAAAUGCGACUGCAUCCACGAAUGCUUGGAGGCUUGUGACCGGCAGCGAGCACUCAAUGACUUUCGGAGAGGCACAGUGCCAAUCUUGAUCGCUACCGACCUUGAAUCUCAAGCGUUGGACGUCGAAGAUCUGACGCAUGUCUUCAACUACGACUCUCCUCUAAACGUAGAAAAAUACGUCUAUCGAGUAGGCCGCGCAGGUCACGCUGGGCGUCGCGGUUUUUCCGUUACGCUCGUAACCCGUCAGGACUGGAUGCAGGCUCGUGAUCUGAUUGAAGUUUUGGAAGAGGCCAACCAAUAUGUCCCCCAGGAGCUGUACGCCAUGGCUGACCAUUUCGACGCAUGGAAAAAGCGAUGUGCGUUUCGGUCGUUUUAAGAGCGCUUGCGACAUAACGGGUUCAUCAGCAUCACCUGCAACCGCGGCCACUUAUAACGCAGUUGAUAUACGGUUUCUCUCAACGCAGUUGAUGUGUAGUAGAUAAGUAUUUCUGUAUGGCAUGCUCUGGACAGGUUGCCUUUUACUGCAAUAAAUAAGG